AUGAGCUCUGAACGCCUCCACGUCUCAAAAGGUGACGCGAUCCAAGCCGUCUCCUAUCUCCUUUGCGCCCUAUCCACCCUCAUCGUCGGAUUGCGCAUUCUCGUCAGGGUCAAACUUAACGGCUCGCAAAGGGCAUGGGGAUGGGACGAUAUCUUUGCCGUCGCUGGCUGGCUUCCCAUGUGGCCCUCCAUCGUCUUCCUCAUUCUCGCGACGCAAUGGGGAUUAGGAGCCCACGACAGCCAAGUCCCCGAGGGCAUGCUCCUCUACUACCAGGUCCGGGUCAAGGAGUACAUGUUUUACUUUGAAAUGAUUUACUUCGCCUCCUCCGUCCUUACCAAGCUCGCCAUGGCCAUCAUGAUCCUCCGCCUGAGCUCCACCAAGAUGUACGCCUACAUCAUCUGGGGCAACAUGAUUGUGCUCGGCAUCAACGCUACCGUCUGCCUCAUCAUCAUGUUUGUCAGCUGCUCGCCCAUCCCCGCCUUGUGGAACGAGGCACUUGGAUUCUGCCGCAUCAAGCACGGAUGGAUCAUCAUCAGCUACGCCGGGUCCGUCGUCCUCGCCAUGGUCGACUGGACAUGCGCCAUCACCCCAUUCUUCAUCCUCCAGGGACUGCAGAUGCCGCGCCGGCGCAAGCUCUCGGUGCAAAUUAUUCUCGGCCUCGGCAUGUUUGGCAGCGCCGCCGGCCUCGUCCGGAUGGGCUACUACCACACGUACGACACCGAAAAGUAUCCCGACGAGUCUCUCUUUAACUGGGGCCACACUAUUUUGUGGUCAGUCUUAGAGGCGGGCCUGGGUGUCAUCGCUUGCUCUCUGCCCCCGCUCCGCAUCUUGUUCAAGAGGUUCUACCAAGGCUCCUCUGGCAUGUCGGGAAGGAAGUCUGGCAUGGACCUACACGGGCACACAGCUCGAUUCUCUCGGGCCCAGUGGGAUGCAAAGAGCAUUCGCCGGAAGGACGGCCCCUCUUGGAGCCGGCUGGAUGAUUCAGUGUCCACGUCGAGCCAACAAAAUAUCGUCAAGGAGACCCGGAUAUGUGUCGAGACAAGCAGCGCGGAAGAGGAGCUCACCGAUCACCCGAAUCGCCAUAAAGGCCACGGGACAUACUGGAGAGAGCAGGUAUGA